UAAUGAUAAUCACAUGGGAUUUUCCGUCUUUUCUCUUUACCGUCUAAAUCCCAACAACAAAGCCUUUGGAGAAGCUAUUCUCAGAUUCACGACACCAGUUCGUCACAAGCUUCGAGCCCAGCUCGGAAAACAAAAUUGGAACUUGCUGCAUAAAGUUUAGUUUUUUUAUUGAAUUUGGAAGGAUGAUUGGGAAUCCAGUAAUUCAAGUUCCAUCAUCACUAAUGCCAUCAUCCUCCAUGAUUGCUUGUCCUCGAGUUUCACCCAAUGGGGUUCCUUAUCUUCCACCAAAACCUAGAACUAGGCAUUUAGUGGUCAGAGCUGCAUCCAAUUCCGAUGCUGCUCAUGGUCAACCAUCGUCUGAUGGGGGGAAGAAUCCUCUCACCGUUGUUUUGGAUGUGCCCAGGAAUAUAUGGAGACAGACUUUAAAACCUUUGAGUGAUUUUGGGUUUGGUAAGAGAAGUAUUUGGGAAGGUGGUGUUGGUUUGUUUAUUGUCUCUGGAGCUACUCUUCUUGCUCUUAGCUGGGCUUGGUUGCGAGGUUUUCAAAUGCGGUCGAAGUUUAGGAAAUAUCAGACUGUGUUUGAGCUUAGUCAUGCUUCUGGUAUUUGCACGGGAACACCGGUUAGGAUCCGUGGGGUUACUGUUGGUACGAUUAUCCGUGUUAAUCCUUCCUUGAAGAAUAUUGAAGCUGUUGCUGAGAUAGAAGAUGAUAAGAUUAUUAUCCCGAGGAAUUCAUUGGUUGAGGUGAAUCAGUCUGGUCUUCUAAUGGAAACUAUGAUCGACAUUAUGCCUAGGAAUCCGAUACCAGAACCUUCAGUAGGACCUCUGCAUCCUGAAUGUGGUAAGGAAGGUCUGAUCGUUUGUGAUAGGCAGACAAUAAAAGGAGUGCAAGGAGUUAGUUUAGAUGAAUUAGUUGGAAUUUUCACUCGUAUUGGACGCGAAGUUGAGGCCAUUGGUGUUGCCAAUACGUAUUCGCUUGCUGAGAGAGCUGCUUCGGUUAUUGAGGAAGCAAGGCCAUUGCUCAAAAAGUGAUGUCACAGAUUCAAGCCAUGGCUGAAGAUGCUCAACCUUUGCUCUCUGAGUUUCGUGAUAGCGGCUUGCUCAAGGAAGUUGAGUGUCUUACUCGAAGCCUUACCCAAGCUUCUGACGAUUUGAGAAAGGUUAAUUCGUCAAUUAUGACUCCUGAGAAUACAGAACUCAUACAGAAGUCAAUCUACACUCUGGUUUAUACUUUGAAGAACGUCGAGAGUAUAAGCUCAGAUAUUCUGGGAUUCACAGGAGAUGAAGCCACAAGAAAAAACCUUAAACUACUCAUCAAAUCCCUAAGCAGGCUACUAUGAUCAGCCUGUAGAUUUUAGACUGGAUAAAUAAAAUCCAGAAUUUUAUGGUAAGCAAGUUUUAAAAAUUCGAAAAAUGUGUUGUUUCUUCUUUAGAGUUAUUUUUGUUUUCGUUUUGUGUUCUGAGAUUGGGGUUUAAUGGAGAGACAUAAUUCAGUUUUUAUAAGAACAAAAAUGUUUGUUUCUCCACAUUAAUGCGUAUCCUCAACACGGCA